AUUGUGGUUUUUCCCAUUCUUCGGCGCAUACUAGCUGUGCCUCUUUCGGCCUCUCAACUUGUUUCAUUUUUUUUUGUUCUGGAGUGAACAGUUUUUUAUAUCAAUUUUUUUCCUCUGCAAUUUCUAGGGUUUCUUAAACCCCUAAAACCACUAUGCUAAAUUCCAAACUAGCUAGAGUCGGAGCUUCGGUCGCUAAACACCUCUGCACAAGGAAUUGUACAUCCUUGUGUGGAGUAGGGUAUGUUCGAACAGGAAGAUACCGUUACCUGCAAUCUCCGUUUCAACAGCAUUCAUUUACUAUGUUACACAAGGGAGCCAUGAUGGAAAGACAUAAUUUCCUUUCAACAAUGACUACUAACAACACUACUGAGGAAGGGAGUGAAGAAAAAGAAACGAUAUCUGUAACUUUUAUUGAUAAGGAUGGUGAGGAAAACCAUAUCAAAGUCCCUGUUGGAAUGUCUAUGUUAGAAGCUGCUCAUGAAAAUGACAUUGAACUAGAAGGAGCAUGUGAGGGCUCGCUUGCGUGUUCAACUUGCCAUGUUAUAGUCAUGGACGUAGAACAUUACAAUAAAUUGGAAGAUCCAACCGAUGAGGAAAACGACAUGUUAGAUCUAGCUUUUGGGCUUACUGAAACAUCACGUCUGGGUUGCCAAGUUAUUGCAAAACCUGAACUUGAUGGAAUUCGGUUAGCUGUUCCUGCUGCUACUCGAAACUUCGCUGUUGAUGGUUUUGUGCCGAAACCACAUUAGUAAAUGACUUGGGUUUGGGUUCUAUGCAAAGGGGUAGCUUUCUCAGUUUUGUAGCCUCACUGAUUUAGAUAAAUUACCAUUUAUUGAUCACAGGCAUUAUUUUUGUAUUUUCCGUGAUCACAGCACGUCAAUUUAUCAAUGACAGAGAGAUCAUGGUGUAAUUUUCGACGGGCUACACUUUGGAUGUCAAUAAAUUGUUUGUACUUUUUUGUAUCAAUAACAAGUGACUGGGCGAACGAGCACUUCAAAAAUAUCUGCAUUUAUAAUAGAAAUGGAGUCUUGGAAUGAGUGUUGAGUCAAACCAGACCCCGAUUGUAGA